AUGCCACAAUAACAUACGCUUUGCCAAAAAGCAACUAAUUUUGCCGUGAAAAAAAAGUGAGAAAAUAUUGAAAAAUGAAUACCUACAAAAGGCUAAUAAAUAAAUAAAUAAAUGCUAAGUCAAAAUGUGUAAACCCUAAUCAUAUGCUGCAGGCAUUGUAAUUCGGCGUGCUGUAAUAAAAUGCUGGGAAUGUUUUGCUCUGGCGUCGUUUUCCGCAAUUAGCUGCUAAAAUACACUGAAAAUAAACAAACAGCGACACAAACAACAACAAAUAUUUUUUUGAAUUGGCCGUGCAACAAAUGCAGCACGAGUGUGAAAUUAAUUAGUUGAAUUUGUUUAUUUGCGUUUUGGUUGCCUUACAUUCGUUUAUUAUUGUUAUUAUUAGUAUAAUUUUCUGUGUUUUGGGCACACGAGAACACGCAUUAGUUUCAGCGGGUUAAUUGGAUUAGGCAGAGGCAGAGGCAGCAACGGCAGUGGCAGCGGCAGCGGUAGAGUGUCAGUGUCUCUCGAUUGGUGGUGGGGCAGACAGAGUUGUUGAUCCCGGCUUCAAGCAAUGGCCACCACACAGCAAUACUCGUUGCGCUGGAACAACUACUUGAGACAUCUGACCUAUUCGCUGGACAAUCAUCGGCUGAACGAUGAUUUCGUCGAUGUCAGCCUGUGCGUGGAUGGGCGCCGAAUUAAGGCGCACAAAGUGGUGCUCAGCUCUUGUUCGUCCUACUUUAAGGAGAUAUUCAAAGAGAAUCCGCAUCCGCAUCCAGUCAUUAUAUUUAAGUUUAUCAAAUUCGAAGAUCUCAAUUCCAUAGUCGAGUUUAUGUAUCAGGGCGAGGUGAACGUGCAACAAGAGGCACUACAAUCCUUUCUACAAACUGCCGAGCUGCUCGCCGUGCAGGGCCUAACGGCCGAGGAGAAGGAGAAACCGCAGAUGCCGGUGGUGCCGCUCAUUAGCGAGCACAAGCUCAUCAAGACGAUACCCAGCACAAUACGUGCCGUCAAUGAGCAACAGCAACAGCAGCAGCAGCAGCAACAGCAACAGCAGCAACAACAACAUCCACAGCAGGCCGCAGCGCAGGCGCAGCACCUGACUAUCACCAAUACUGUAUCAUUGCCAGCUGCGAAUACCGUAAAGAAACGAAAGAUCACCUUCUCGGACGAUGAUGACAACAUCUACACCACCGAAACGGUCGACUACGCCGUCAAGGACGAGCAGACCAUUGUGAAAACUGCUGAGAUGACAUUUUUGCGCGGUGCCGUUAAAAUGGAUAUACCCGAUUAUAUAGUUAGCGAGGUAGACGAUCGACUGUCUGAUGGCGCGACGCCGCAAACUUCACAGGAUGCAACGACGGCGGCUGCCCAGACUGUCGCUCAAUACUCAUCCGAAUACGAGAUUCUGACCGAGUCCGAGAUCGAGGAGAAGUAUCAAGCGGAUCCCGACAAUGCGGAAAUUGCCAUCGAGAUGACUCGCCUGCUGGGCACAGCGAGUGGUGGGACAGCCACAGCCACCGCCCAGGCGGUGCUCGAAGAUCCCAGCGCUGCGACGACAGGUGCCACAACCACCGUCUCCGUGACACCAGUCAAAACGGACAGCAAAGCCAGCGGCACGAAUGAUUCACCCAAUAAUAAGUGGACAGAAUGUCAGUUUUGCAAAAUGGUUAUUACCACGGUGAAUCUUUGGAGACAUAUUCGCACCCAACAUACGCCCCAACCGCCGCGCAAAUGCGAUCUCUGCAAUAAGAAUUUCAAAAACAAAUACAGCCUGCGCGAGCACAUACGCAUCUCCCACGAGCAGAAGGUGGCCAUUAAAACGGAGAACUCUGUGGCCACGGUGGAGGAGAGCGCCCCAGCUGGCGUUGCGCUCAUCUGCAGCUUCUGCAAGCGCCGGCUGCAGUCGAUGAACGCCUUGAGACGCCACAUUGCCUCGCGGCACUCGGAGAUCCAGAGCAAGGAGUACGAGUGCUUCAUCUGCAUGAAGAACUUCAAGACCAAGUGGUCCCUGUCCACACACAACUCGCGCUUCCAUCGCGAUGCGCGCCUGAGCAAGGAGCUGACCAAAAUUGAUUUUACGGAACAUCCACUUAGCUAAGGUCGAUCCGAAGAAGAAGAGAGUGGCAGAGAG